CAUUAUCUCAGUAAUUAGUGUUAUAAAUAUCUGAAAUGUUCGGUCUACACACCACACUCACUUCGGGCGUUGUUAAACAUGGACUGCAAAGCGGGAUUUCUGGUGUUCAUCACCCUUCUGAUUGGAAGCCUUGCCCAUCCAAAACCUGAAGAUGACCUGUCCAUCUUCUUCGACCACACCGACGCUAGUGCCCGUAUCGUCGGUGGCAAUGAGGCAGCGAUCGGUAGCCACCCUCACAUGGUGGGACUGUCCUCUGGGGUACUUAUAAGGAGCAACUUCUGUGGAGGCUCUCUGAUCUCCCAGCGCACUAUCCUCACUGCGGCUCAUUGCAUCCGCCAUGUGUACAGCUUUGGAUCUCUGACUAGCUCUCUCCGCGCUACUGUUGGUACCAACCGCUGGAACAGUGGUGGUACCGCUUACACCAUAUCUCGCAACGUCACCCACCCCCACUACGUACAUCCCAUCAUCAAGAACGACAUCGGUGUCCUCAUCACCUCCUCCGACGUGGUCCUCAACAACCUGGUGCAGGUCGUGCCCAUCACCUACGACUUCAUUGGGGAGGGAGUGCAAGCCAGAGUUGCUGGAUGGGGUAACAUCAGGGCUGGGGGUCCUAGUUCCGCCGCUCUCCUGGAGCUGACUACCACCACCAUUGAUGGUAACGACUGCGUGGCUCGUGCGGCUCAAGCCCGCGUUGAGCUGAACAUGAUGCACGCUCCUCACGUUGAGCCCCAUAUCGAGGUCUGCACCUACCACUCUCCUGGACGCGGUACUUGCAAUGGUGACUCCGGCAGUGCUCUGCGUCGUGUUGACAACGGCCACCAGUUUGGUGUCGUGUCCUGGGGCUUCCCGUGCGCUCUUGGCGCUCCUGACAUGUUCGUCAGGCUCAGUGCUUACCAGUCCUGGCUGAGAUCCGUCAUCGUCUAGGAAAUAAACAUGGACUUUAAAUGAUCAAAAAUUUACGACUCACAGCAAAUAAAUGUGUCAUAAGAAUUGAUCUA